AGCUCGUGUUUCAUUUGCAUUUCUCGCCAGAUUCCCCCGAUUCGUUAAAUCUUUUUCCGAGUGAUAUCCGUAUCAUAUUCGUCACAAUGCGUCCUUCAUUCGCCGUCUUCACUGCCGUCAUGGCCUCCGUCCAGGUCCACGCUGCUAUGCCCCCGGCUUGUUUAUUGUCUGCUCUCGGUGUUCAGCAGAAUCCCACCGACAUGAAGGCUGUAUGCGGUGAUCUUCAGGAUGCUAUACAGGGCAACUUGACCAGUGCUUGCCACACCGACGUUCUCCCUCAGGCUUACAAGGUCUACUCCUCCAAGUGCUUGGCAGAGGGUGUUACCGUGGCUGCUCUUCCCACCUCGACCUCUUCUGGCGCCUCCAGCUCCGGCUCUGCCUCUGCUACCGGAUCCGGUGUCGCUUCUGUUUCUGCCACCGCGACUGGUAGCUCCUCUGGCUCUUCCGAAGCAAGCAACUCCGCCAGCGCUACUUCCAGCAGCAGCUCUGCCGCUGCCACCGGUAACGCUGGCAUGGCUACCGAGCCCCAGCCCUUCCUCUACGCUGCCGCUGCGCUUUUCGCUACGGGAUUGACUAGUGUUCUCUUCCUGUAAAUGGUCUAUCGGAGGGGUUGUGGCGAGAAGCAGUCGAUGGGUUUCGUUGAGGAGAGUUUGAUAGAUGUUGGUCUGGGCCUGUUAUACCCCAAUCUUCACGGGCUCAGAUUUG